AUGAUUUUACUCCCUCAAUCGUCACAACUGACUGAGGCUCAACUCCGUGACCUAUCGGCCAUAGCUCUGCAAAAAGCAGCUGAAAAACAAGCAUCAGAUCGUGAUCGCCCGCCAACUCCAUCUGCACCACCAUUAUCAGAAACUACCAUCAACACUAUUAUUGCGGCACGUGAAUAUGAUCGAUUAAAAAUCGAAUAUGAAAUAACCAUUGAAUGUUCUCAUCGAUCUUGUUAUCAAACAAUUUUCAAUAAAAAUAUAUCAAUUAUAUCUGUUAUUUGUUCUUCUAUAUAUUCUAUUUCAAUUCAAUAUGAAUUUUAUGAAGCAUUUUUUUAUUUUCUUUCACAACAAAUACAUAUAAAACUUUUCAAUUGUGAAAAUUAUCUUCCAUAUUCAAAUGUAAUUGAUUGGUUACAUCCAUCAUCAUCUUUAUCAUGGUUAUAUACAAUUUAUUUUCAAACAUUUGAACAUCGUUUUCAUACAUUAAUUGCAUAUUUACGUACAUAUUAUCGUUUACCAACAUUAUCAAAUGAAUUAACGUUUGUUAAAAUAAAAAAUCAAUUAAUAAAAGAAAAAAAUUUCUAUUAUUUAAUUCAUUCACGAAAUCUUAAUUUUAGUCAAAUGCCAAUUGGUUUAAUGGAUAAAAUUAAUUUUCAAUCAAAUAAAAAACAUUCAAUAUAUAUUGAACCAACAUUUUAUGAUCAAUGGAAUCGUUUAUAUCAACCAUUUUAUCGUUCAAAAAUAUUAACCAAUCCAUUUGAAAUGUCAUUUACUCAAGAAAAAUAUACAAUUAUUAUUUUAACACAUAAAAAACGUUUUUAUCAAUUAAAUCGUUUAUUAUUACAUUUAAAUGGUUUAAUAAAUCUUGAUCGUAUUAUUGUUUUAUUUAAUCAAGUUGAUCCUAUAGAAAAUUUUAAAAAUGAAAAUCUUUUAUUAAAAGAUUUUCUUGAUAAUUAUUCGAUUUAUUUACCAUCAAUACAUGUUGAAAUAAUUUAUAUAUUUAAUUUAUUAAAUAAUUUAAAUAAUCGUUUUUUACCAUGGAAUGAAUUUAUUCAUACAGAUUGUAUAUUAUCAUUAGAUGAUGAUAGUUUUUUACGACAUGAUGAAAUUGAAUAUGCAUUUCGUAUAUGGAAAGAAAAUCGUUCACGUCUUGUUGGUUUUAUUUCACGUUCACAUAAAUCAAAUACAUUAGAAUAUGAUGCAUCACCAUCAUCAUGUUCAUAUUCAAUGAUAUUAACUGGUGCUGCUUUUUUACAUCGUUGGUAUUUAGAUUUUUAUACAAAUAUAAUGUCUAAACAAAUACGUGAAUAUGUUCAAUUAAAUAUGAAUUGUGAAGAUAUAGCGAUGAAUUUUUUAAUAAGUUAUUUAUCUAAACAAACUCCAAUUAAAAUUGGACAUCGAGAAACAUUUUAUUGUUAUAAAUGUCAAGAAAGUUUAUCAAAUAAAAUUAAUCAUUAUUAUCAAAGAACUGAAUGUAUAAAAUAUUUUUCUAAUAUAUAUCGUUUAAUACCAUUACAUUAUUCAAUUUAUCGUAUUAAUUAUUCAUUAAAUAUAACAUCUUGUAUUCUUGAAAAAGAACAAGAACAAAGUGUUGUUUAUGGAUCAACAGAUUUUGGUAAAACUUGUACAACAAAUGAAAAAUAUAGAGAAUUAUUGGAAAAAGUUUCAACUAUGCUUAAAAUUAAACCACAUACAAUUAAAACGGAAAAAGGAGAUUCUAUUGAACUAUUAACAGCUGUCGAAUGUAAAGGUAUUGUUGGAAAUGAUGGAAGACAUUAUUUAUUAGAUCUAUUACGUAUGACACCACCUGAUCUUAAUUAUUUACCAGUUGAUGUUGAACAUUUAUCACCAUCUAUGAAACAACUUGAUUAUCCAAAAACAUAUAAACAUCGUUUAUGUUGUUUAAGACAAGAAUUAAUCGAUGCUUUUGUUGAACAAAAAUAUGUUGAUUUUUAUCGUUCAAUUGCACUUAAUUUAUCAAAAUUACGAUCUAAUGAAGCAUUAUCAAACGAAACUACUGAACGAACAAAUGUUGAAGAAGCUAAACGUAUAGUCAAUGAAAUCAGUGUUGAAGAUAAUAGUCGAGAAAUAAUUCAAUCAGCAUGUCGUUCGAUUGGAUCAGUAAAAGAUAAUGAAUUUGAUGUUCGUUUUAAUCCUGAUUUAUUUCAACCACAUGUUACACUUAAUCAAACGUCUGAUGAAACAUUAGCGGAUAUUAAAUUAAUUAAAGAAGCAACUGAAUAUUUAGUAUUAAAACAAAUUCCAUUAAUGAUACAAGAUUUUCAAGAUCAUUCAGCUGUACCUGUCGAUGGUGAAAGUCUUUCAGAAGCUAUGCAUUCAAGAGGUAUUAAUAUUCGUUAUCUUGGUCGCGUAGCUCAACUUCUUACUCAACAACCUUCUCUUACUUAUAUAUAUGAAAUAGUUGUAACUGAAAUUCUUUGUCGAAGUGCAAAACACGCAUUUCGUACAUAUUUACAAUCAGUACCAAUUCAUCUUUUAUCAUAUUCCAUAAGUCAUUUUCUUAAUUGUUUUCUAACAAUUAUAUCAUCAUCAACAAUGGAUUAUACAUUCGAUGAAUUAACAUCAGCAACUACUCAAUCAACAAAUAAUACAUCAAAUGUAUCAUUAUCAAAUUCAACAAAUAUUUCAUCUCAAAAAUUGAAUGCUAAAAAGAAAAAUAAAAAACAACAACAACAACAACACCGUAAACAUAGUCCAAUGAUGAGAAAUGAAUCAUUAGAGUUUUCAACAUUAACUUCAAAAGUACUUUGGACACAAAUAAUCAAUGAAGCAAAAUCAAGAUAUAAUUUUGAUUUAAAUUGUGAUGAUAUUGAAUUAUUUAUUGAAAAAUAUGCUAUUCGUCGUACAUGUAUUUUACGUUCAUUUUGUCGAAAAACUGGUUUACAAAUAACAAUGCGUGAAUAUCAAUUUGAAACAAUAAAUAAAUCAUCUCGUUCUAAUAAUGAAUGUUUUAAUGAAAAUGAUAUUAUUAAUAUAUUUCCAAUAAUUAAACAUGUUCCACCAAAACCAACUGAUGCUUAUCAAUUUUUUACAAGUGGACAACAAAAAAUUCAACAAGGUUUACUUCGUGAAGGUUUUGAAUUAAUAUCUGAAGCACAUAAUUUAUUAAAUAAUGUUUAUGGACCAAUGCAUCCUGAAAUUAGUAUGUGUUUAAGAUUACUUGCAAGAUUAAAUUAUAUUAUGGGAGAUUAUCAAGAAGCACUUAUGACACAACAUAAAGCUGUUAUGAUGUCUGAACGAGUUUUAGGUAUUGAUCAUCCACAAACAGCAACAGAAUAUAUUCAUAUGGCUUUAUAUUCAUUUGCAAAUGGUCUUUCAAUAAAUGCAUCAAAAUUACUUUGUCGUGCUCGAUAUAUUAUAUUAACAUGUUGUGGUGAAAAUCAUCCACAAAUUAGUCUUAUUGAUAGUAAUCUUGGAUUGAUUUUACAAUCAUAUGGUGAUUAUGAAAAUGCACUUAAAUUUAUGGAAAAAUCACUUGAAUUAAAUAAAACAUUCUAUGGAACAAAGAGUCUUAAAGUAGCUCUAUCUCAUCAUCUUUGUGCACGUAUUCAAUCAUGUCGUGGUGAUUUUCGAUCAGCAUUAAACAGUGAACGUGAAGCUUAUCAAAUAUAUAAAUUACAACUUGGUGAUGAACAUGAAAGAACACGUGAAAGUGCUCAAGUACUUAAACAUUUAACUGAACAAGCUGUUGUUUUACAAAAACGAAUCAAUGAUGUUGUUAAAGGUCAAUUACUUGUUAUACCAAGUUUAACUAUUCAACAACCAAGUUUUCAAAAUGUCUUAGAAAUGCUUAAUGUUGUUAAUGGUAUUCUAUUUAUUCAAAUACGAGAAAAAGAUCUUGAUUUACUUCGUGAAGAAUUUGCUAAACAAUCAAUUGAUGAUCAACAAGCAUCAACAUCUUCUGUGACUACUAUAACAGAAGUAGCUAAUCAAGCAGCAGCAUUAUUAAAUAAUGAAAUCGAUUAA